CGAAAUUUGUUAAUUUUUUUUUAUAUUUCUCAGAACUCCAAUGCCGCGGACCUUAUCUGUCGAAGAGUAUAAAGAGCUUGGAAAAACGUAUUAUAUCCGUAAAGACUUUGACCGGGCUUUAGGCGCGUUCACUGAUGGUAUCAACGCGUCCGUGGGAAGAGACGUACAGCUUUACGAUUACCGUGCUGCGGUUUAUGACAAACUUGAGAAUGUGAUUGCUGCUCUUUCAGAUGCUCGGUAUAUGAUCAAAACGUUUGAGAAUGAUCCAAGGGGCUAUUUGCGCGCUGGUCAGCUUUUGCUGAAGAUGGGCAAAAAGGAGCAAGCGCUACAGAUAUACGCCCGUGGUCUCCGCUUCGUUCCCUUAUCAAAUCCACAGCUUAACCUGCUCAGAGGUGCGCAUGACAAACUCAACCGUGAGCUUCGUCCACCAAAAGCUGUGGAUCCAUUCACACAGCUACCUCCGGAGAUUAUCGAAAUAAUCAUGUCAUAUCUGCGCUUCUACGAACGUGUCUCCUGUCUACGCGUGUCCAAACAGUGGAACUUAUUUCUUGCGUCCUUUCCUAGUCUUUGGACCUCGAUGGACCUCCUUCGAGUGGGUACAAGGCGUGUGGUGAAGCCGUCCUUCAUAAAUACAUGUAUGCGAAUGGCGCAAAACAAGAUCACUUACGCGAGGAUAGCCAAUCUCAGUCAUCGUAGCAUACUGAGGUCAUUGACAACAAGUUGCCCAACACUUGAGAAGUUAGAAUUUGUCCUCAGUUCUCUUGAGGCGAAAAGUAUACUCGAAAUAGUUAUACCGGCAAGGUCUUUAAAGAGCCUCACCAUACAUGCAGACAUCGAGAUGAACGGCGACGUGAUGUUGAAAAUCCUUAAGCAUCGACAAACGCUCGAGGAGUUCAGGGUAUACAAUGUUACCGAAGGCGCAUCCCCAAAUCACAUGUAUGAUUUCGAGCUGCCACGCUUGCAGGUUCUAGAUCUCAGGGGAGUCUGUCCAGCUUUUAUUCAAGGCCAGUUUGCCAGCGUCCUAAAGAAGGCGACGAAUCUCCGGGAACUUGUUUUCGAGCAACAAGCGCGCCCUACAGCAUUCAUUUUGGGCAGGAGCAUGUUUAAAUCCUUGAGUAAACUUGAAGUUCUUCGUAUCAACUCUGCAAGUGUAGUGGGACUGCCUCGUGCCUCCAUAAAACUUAGAGAACUAUACUACGACUGUGCGAAUCGUCACAUCGCACCUGCAACCGAGAUUCCGAAUGGCUUUCCAAACUUGGAGAAAUUAAGAAUUGGCGACAUGCAAUGUAGCCUGCUUCCUCUGCUCGACCCUAGGCAUGGGAACGAAGGAGCUGAUCUUUCAGAGCAGUCGGCUAUGCUCAAGUACCUGUCAAUUGGAUGCGUAUCUGAGGCAGAAUGGGCAGAUAUCGAGGCACUCUUGUUCCACGCUCGUGCUCGAGAGCUUACGGAACUGUCUUUGGAGGGCUUGGCAGCUGCGGGAUUGUUUGAUGUCAAUAUCGAAUCUAUCACCCACCUAAGAUGCCUUCGUAGUCUCUCACUUGACUCUGCACCGAUCACUGGAAUUGGUAUCAAAGAACUCAUCACUUCUUUAAAGGGAACGUUAAAGUACCUGACCUUAAACGCUUGUGACGCGAUUGGACGCGAUGCUGUCGAUUGGGCUGCUAGACAAGGGGUUUCUGUCACGAUCAACGAAGGCGGAACUAGGAAGAAAGCUGCCAGACGUCGAUGAUGCAAUGUGGAUUGGAUGCGGUAAUCGACUGAGCCCCCUCGUAAAACCAAUCUAACAAUGCUCUUCUCUGUAUUUCUACCUUUAAAUAACCUUAAAGAUUCCAUCAUUUUCCCACUUCAUUCCUUCAAUUGCCAGAUAAGAACC